AUGGCUGACGGAAGUGACCGAUUUGUGAAGGGGAUUUUGUUUGACUUUGAUAAUACUCUCGUUACAACAACAAAGUCGGAUAUCAAGGCAUUAGAAAACGUCAAGGAAAGACUUUCCAACGAUUUUAASCAAGAAAACGUCGAAGCAAURGCUAAUAAAUAUCUUGAACUAUUAGCAAUCGGCUCUAUCGACCCUGAAGGAAAGGUGGACCCCCAUUUAUGGAGAACAUUACUUUGGAAAAAAGCGAUAGACUUUGUCUCUAAAAAUGAUGAAAAUCCCAAGGCAGAAAGCAUUUAUAAUCUCUGGAGGUUUGCGCGUUUAGAAGGAAUCAAGCUCGAGAAAGAAGUAGCAGAUUUGCUAAAGAAUUUGAGAGAAAAAUARAAACUUUCCUUAGUAACAAACAGUGACCCUAUAAUUCAAAGAGAGAAACUGCAAAGCUGUGGAAUAAUUGAAUACUUUGAUGKUAURAUUAUUAGUGGUGAYGAACCAUARCCAAAACCACACCCAUCAAUAUUCAUCAAGGCAUGCGCCAAUAUUGGAGUCCCCCCAGAACAAUGUAUCAUGAUAGGGGACAAUKUAAGACAUGAUAUUCAGGGGGGUGUAAAUGCAGGAUUAUUUGCAACUGUUUGGGUCAAAAAGGAGAGUCAACAAGAAAUGACUAUAAGUGAUCCUCGACCAGAUUACACCAUUGAUAGUGUUAUUGAACUGCCUAAAAUAUUAGCAACAAUUUCAUGAUGGGCACAUAAAAGUUGUCAUUAUCUGGGCUUGUGUUGUUAUUAAAAAUAAACUUUCAAAAAUUGCAAAUUUGGUGUAAACACGAAUUCAAGCUACAUUG